GUAAUAGUGGAGUCAAGAAAAAAUCUCUAAUAAAAGUGUUAGCACUCGCAAAAAUAUUAUCAUAUCGGUUCAUCCCUAAAACAUUGACAUCCCUAAAGCAAAAAAAAAACCGUUUUGUAAACAUAAUUUUGGAGCCAGACACACACAACAAACAGAAACAUGAAUUCAUGCUUCUUUUGCGGAGCCGUCGAUCUGCAUGGUACUGCUGAUUAUAAAAUGCUAGCUUCUAAAGUACCAUCCUCACAUAAGAGCAUCGGUGUGGUGCUCACACAUCUUGCCAGCUGCAUGAAAAUGCAACUUGAUUUGAAGGAUGAUACACAAUUCUGUCCCAAAUGUUUUAAGGAUUUAGCCGACUACGACACGAUUAUGGUGAAUUUAAUGGUGUCUCAAAAGAGACUAACCAAACAAUUGAAGGCAGCACUUACAAAUGAUUUCGUAGACGACAUGUUAGUUGAAUAUACCAAUAAAACGGCUCAAGAAGCCACCGACGGCGACGGCGACGCGGAAGCUGAAGCUCUAUUCGUAGAGCUUGUUAAGGAGGAAGAGGAGGAGGACGGGGAGGCAGCAGAGGAUGAUAAUAGCAUGGAGAUCAAAGAAGAGUUCGAGGACGAGUACGACGAUGACGAUGAUGUAGAUGAGGAUGAGGAAUUCAUAUGUGAAGAUAAGUCCGACGAGGCCGUUAAACUAGAGGAUUUCGCCAGCAAGCAAGGCAAAUUUCAGAACAUUCCCAAGCGCAUGAAACAAGAGUGCAGCACUUGCUCCAAAGCCUUCAACUCUCGUUAUCAACUUCAGAAACACAUCACCGAGGAGCACUGCAAGACACAAACACACGUCUGUCCAAUUUGUGGCAUCAUUCGUCGCGACGAGGAAUAUCUGGAGCUGCACAUGAACGUACACGAAGGCAAGACAGAGAAACAGUGUCGCUACUGUCCCAAGAGUUUCUCACGUCCAGUAAACACGUUGCGACACAUGCGCAUGCACUGGGAUAAGAAGAAGUAUCAAUGUGAGAAGUGUGGACUACGAUUCUCACAGGAUAAUCUGCUUUAUAAUCAUCGAUUACGACACGAGGCCGAAGAGAAUCCCAUCAUCUGCAGCAUUUGCAAUGUCUCGUUCAAGUCACGCAAGACCUUCAAUCAUCACACGCUCAUCCACAAAGAGAAUCGUCCCAGACAUUAUUGCUCAGUUUGUCCCAAAUCAUUCACCGAACGCUACACUCUGAAGAUGCACAUGAAAACCCAUGAUGGCGAUGUGGUUUAUGGGGUACGAGAAGACGUUCCAACGGAUGAUCAGGUGGUUGAGGAACUGCAGGUGGAUGUCGAUGAAUCGGAGCAAGCCGUCACUGUUAUAAUGUCCGACAAUGAUGAUAAUUCGUCGGCCUUGUGUCUGAUAUGUAGCACCAACUUUGAGAAUAAAAAGGAACUGGAACAUCAUUUGCAAUUCGAUCAUGACGUUGUUCUCAAGUAGUCGAGACAUCAACAGAAAAUCAAAAUCUAAAUUAAAGCACUUGCAUGUGGCUUGCUAUUUACAAUUUCUGUAAGUCUCAAAACUGCACAAAAACCAAUAUUACUUUGUAAAGCUAAAAUAAAUGUAGUUUGACUAAAGAUAUGCUAAAUUGUUUCUCAACUGCCAAAAA